CUUUCCACCAAUGUUACUCUUGGUUAAGGCUCUUAUCUCCUUGUGUCUUUUCCUAAUUUGGCAGAAUGUACAUUGAUCUUAAUGUGAAACUCCCUCAAUACGGAGCAAAAGGACAUUCAUGCAGGAUUUAGAUAAACAGAGCCUGUUUUGCGACAUCUUCUUGGAUCGAGCCCAGGCUUUCCAUCUAAGUAGUGUUGGUGGGAACAAGAUCUGCGAUGGCACCGCCAUUUCUGUGGAGGAAUUAGAAAUGCACGAACUGGCAACAAAUUCAUCAGUCUUUGGUAGUGAAGCCAAAACUCGUCAUGAUGACGAACUGUGGAUGUUUGGUGACCGGUCUAGUGGUCGAUUGAGUAUGGUACACAACAACCUACGCAACUUCCCUUUAGAAGUCAUAGAUAAGCCAUGGGAUUGGAUCACCAUUCUAGAUCUUACAAAUAAUAGCAUCAGAACUGUGGACUUUAUAUCCCAGUUUGAUUCGCUCCAUACUCUGGUGUUGGACCAUAAUAUGAUUAACGAGACGACACUCUUCCCGAUAACCCCUCAAUUAAGAAUUUUGUGGAUUAACUUCAAUAACAUCCAAGAGCUGGAACCAUUUACAGAACAAUUAAGGGUUGCCGUCCCCAAGCUGCAAAUUUUGAGCUUGAUUGGAAAUCCCUGUGUUCCGAAUCCGAUGUAUCGAUCUUCAUUUCACGAUUAUGCUCUUUACCGGAUGUUGGUAUUGGCUAAAUUACCGUGGAUCGCUUUCUUGGACGACAGAGGAGUGGACCCCAAAGAGGCUUUGGAUUCGCUUCCAUUUCGAUCUCAUCACGAUUCACUUGGGUCCUGCUCUUUGGUCGAAUUGGGUCCAGUCGAAAAGAAAAUAGGGCAAUACAUGAAGAAGGCGAAAGACGAAUCAGUCGCAUACAGCAUACGACACUUUGAAGCAACUAAAAAGUCUCUUAAUGCGUUGAAAAGAAAUUGGAAGGCAUCAAGAACCGAAGAAUUCAGAAAUCAAUUUGCUUGACAUUCAAUCAGCAAGAUGAAAUUUUAGAGCUCAUGGUUGGAAACUCGUGGUUUCCUUUUAUUUGGGACAGAUUGUUUUUUAAUGAUCAGAAUGGAGGAAAUUGAUUAUUAUAACCCUGAUAA